UGGCAGAGCUGCCGGGAGUGCUGGUAGAGGUCGCUUGUUCUGUGGAGCAGCGGCCUUGCUCCUUCCUACGGAGACGAGUAUGCGGCCGAGGGCGGGGGCCUUAGCUGCAAUGGGCCAAGGACUUGGCAAAACUGCCUGGCCCAAACCUGAAAGAAGUUAUCAGACUAUUACAGGUGGAAGAUAUGGAAGAAGACAUUGUGUUGGGUUUAGACAGUUUUUGAAUAACGAAGACAGAGAUGGACAUCAACAGAAUGACAACUGCAAACAAUUAGAAUUGGAAGAUGUUCAGAAAGAGGAUUCUUUAUCUUUCUCUGAAGAUUCCAGUCCAUUGGUUCAAGUUUCUGCUGAUUUAUUAGAUGAGCCUUUGUCAAAAGAUGCUGGCACUAGAGAACCUGUUUGCCAAAGUGCAUCAAGCCAAACUUCUGAAGGGACCACAUCACCAUUUUCUGUAUUCUCUUAUGGCCUAGAAGACAACCAAAUUUUACAAGACUUGAUGAAUCCUUAUGAAAAAUCUGCGGACCUUGCAGAAUGCACGCCUGGAGGGCAUAAUGAUUUGAAUGAUAAAAAUGGAAUUGCUUUUGUAAGCAUUGACUCCUAUGAGCCAGAUAGCAGUGAUGGAGAGGAAGAGGAUGCUCUAGACAAAUAUUCUUGGAUACAAGAAGCAGCAGGUCUAAUUCAGGGAAGACUAGAUAAUAUACUUUCUCAGUGUGAAAAAGAGGUGGAGUCUCUUAAUGACUUACAAUUCCAGCUGUCUGCUUUCAACCACAGCAUUUAUAGUGGAAGUUGUGAAGAAGCAGGACCAAUGCCUUUGGCAUGUCCAAACAAUAGGACAUUUAAAUCUGCUGAAGAUGAAGCUAUACUGAAAAUUAGCCUGAAUGAUGACAGUUAUGAAACACAGCAGAUAAAACAUAUAAUGGAUGUUGAAAUUGGAGCCCCCAUACCAGUUGCUGAUGUAUUAAACAUCAGCGAUGGAGCAACUGACGAAGAAAAUGCAUCUGAGCUAGUAGUGAGACCUAAAAUGAGAAAACAAUAUAUUGCAAAACCACUGGAGAGAGAAAGUCAUCUCCCUAGUGAUGAUGAAGAGGAAAGUGAUUGCUGGAGGAGAAUUGGAGUUGCUGAUGUCCAGCAAUGCCAUCCUGAGUGUCCCUUGAGAGAUGGCAAAGAUGAGAUUAGUUCUGGCACGUUCUUUCUCUCAAGAAUGCACAGUCAUCAAAAGAACAUGGAAAUAGACUUAAGAAAUGUAGCAGCUCGGGAACACAACAAUGUUCCAAGGGACAGUGCUUUUUGGAAUGAGUUUGAAGACUGCAACACACAUUACUUAAUGUCCCACAAAGAUGAAGACAGCUCAGAGUGCAGUGAUGGAGAAUGGUCUACGUCUGUACCUUCCUAUUUUACUGCAGUGGAAAAAGAGCAGUCCUCAAGUGAUGAAAGCUGGGAGACUGUCUCGUGUAGGGAGGAGCAUGACCCUGGUGUGCAGAGGAGCAGCAGUGGUGUGAAAGAGGAGAGCACAGACUUCUGUUUCCAAGAAGGGGAGCAGACGUUAUUGGAGGAAGGUGAAGUUCCUUGGUUACAGUAUCAAGAAGAAGUGGAAAGUAGCAGUGAUGAGGAAAAUGAUCCAAUUAGUGGUUUUGUACAUCUUGGAUUCUUCUUGUUGGAUGGAAAUAACAACCUUGAGGAUGACUCCAGUGUGAGUGAAGACCUGGAUGUGGAAUGGAGGCUACUUGAUGAGUUUGGUGAUGGCCUAGGAUUUGCUCAAGCCAUUCCUUACGUGGAACCUCAAUUUCUCACAUUUAUGGCGCUAGAGGGACGCUUAGAAGCUGUGGAGACUGCUCUGGCACAGUUGGAGUCUCUUACAUUUGAUGUUGAACAGACUCAUCCACCAGCUACGAAAGAAACCAUAGAUUGUCUGCCACAGAUUAUCGUCACGAGUGACUACAAUGGUCAAGAGCAGUGUUGUACAAUCUGUUGCAGUGAUUAUGUGGAUGGUGAAAUCAUAACAAAGUUACCCUGUCAUCAUUUGUUUCACAAACCUUGUGUAACUCUUUGGUUACAGAAGUCGGGAACAUGCCCUGUUUGUCGUCACGUGCUUGCACCUGUACUUCCUGAAGCAGCUGAUGACACUUUUUUUUAUUUGAUUGAUGAUUCAGCAUCUUCUGUUAACAUUGCUACAGGACCCUCAGACUAGGGUCAGAAAUAAAAUCUGCCACCAAAAUAAAAAU